GCGAUAUUCGGAGUCUACGAUGGUCACGGAGGAGUAAAAGCGGCUGAGUUUGCGGCUAAGAAUUUAGAUAAGAACGUUUUAGAAGAGGUAGUUGGUAAAAGAGACGAGUUAGAGAUUGCAGACGCGGUGAAACGCGGUUACUUGACCACAGACGCUGCGUUUCUCAAGGAGAAAGACGUUAAAGGCGGUUCUUGCUGCGUCACAGCUAUGUUCAGCGAUGGGAACCUCGUUGUGGCCAAUGCCGGCGAUUGUCGUGCCGUCAUGAGCAUAGGAGGCGUCGCGGAGGCCGUUUCUUCCGAUCACCGCCCCUCCAGAGACGAUGAACGGAAAAGAAUUGAAACCACGGGCGGAUAUGUUGAUACGUUUCACGGUGUUUGGAGGAUCCAAGGAUCUUUAGCUGUGUCAAGAGGAAUCGGUGAUGCUCAGCUCAAGAAAUGGGUUAUAGCCGAACCAGAGACAAAGAUGUUGAGAAUCGAUGAGGAGCACGAGUUCUUGAUCUUGGCAUCGGAUGGUCUAUGGGACAAAGUGAGUAACCAAGAAGCUGUCGACAUUGCUCGUCCUUUCUGCGUAGGAACCGAGGAGAAGCCAUUGUUGGUAGCUUGUAAGAAGCUUGUCGAUCUCUCGGCUUCACGAGGAUCGUCGGAUGAUAUCAGUGUGAUGUUGAUCCCUUUGCGCCAGUUCAUCUAG